AUGGUCAAGGUCGCUCAAGGCAUCGCCUCAUCGCGGCGCAAGUCGCGCAAAGCCCACUUCAGCGCUGGCUCAACCGGCCGCAGAUCGAUUAUGAGCGCACCCCUCUCGAAAGAGCUGCGAGAGAAGCACAAUGUCCGAUCCAUUCCCAUCCGAAAGGAUGACGAAGUCACUAUUGUCCGCGGUUCCAACAAGGGACGUGAGGGCAAGGUCACAUCCGUCUACCGCCUCAAGUAUCUCAUUCAAAUCGAGCGUGUCACCCGCGAGAAGUCCAAUGGUCAAUCCGUACCUAUCGGUGUCUCGCCCAGCAAAGUUGUCAUCACAAAAUUGAAGACCGACAAGGACCGAGAGAAGAUCUUGGAGCGCAUUGGCAAGGGCCGUGAGUUCCACAAGGACCGACGAGAGAAGGCAGAGAAGUGA